UCAAUGUUACCCAAUUCCUAUGUCCAAUCUAUGUACAUAAAUCCACAGUAAUAAUAAGUAGCCCCAUUACCAUUUGGAUACACUACCAACACACCCAGUAUCUUAUCAAUAUUUAUUAUUAGCAAAACCUGUAUAUCAACCCUAACCACCAAUUGAAACAGAAUAUCAAAGUAGUUAUAUAGUCUAUUCUUUUUAGUGUAGGUGUAACCUGAACCAUAUAGAGAGUAAAUUGUUGUACAAUAGCCGAUGCCAAACAAAACUAUAACUUUAGUAAAACCUAAGAAAUAUUCUUAUGUAAUCGUUAAAUUUGAAUUUAUAGUUGAUAGAUUGGUUACUCUACAUAUUACCAAUAGCAUUCUUUAUUAUAAUUCUCCUUAUUAUGGCAUUACUCUUUGCUUCCAAAGUGAAGCACUUCAAUCCAGAAGGGGCACACAACACACUCGAAACUUUGAAAAAUAACAUGCAAUUGACACCAAUUGAAGAUAUUGUUGUAGCAACUCCCUCUUCAUCUGCAUCAGCUCUCAACAUGAUAUCACAUUAUACACAUGAUGCAGUGGACUGUCCAGAUGGUUAUGGUAAAGCUCAUCUAGGUUAAUGGGAUGGAGUAUCAUCAGGAUGUAUUUGUGAGAAUGGUGAAAUUAGUCAUUCUCUCACUUGUUUCUAUAAAUCUAAUUGUAAAAGAGUGAAAUCUCAUGAUCCUCAAUUAUUUACAACAUGGUAAUAAAAAUAAUAUUGUACUAAAUUAUAUGCUGAAUGGAAAACAUUAGAAGGUGCUGCUUGUGAGACAUCUUAUAAAUAGUGUGGAAAUGUUUGCGUUCCAUAAUCCAAAAAUUGCCCACUUUCAGGUUUACUCAAAGACAAUUCAAGAUAGAAUGAUAGAAAUGCAAUAAAAAUUGGAACAGAUAAUUAUAUUAAAUAAUUUGAAAACUCAUCUCCUAUUGUUAGUAUUGAAAUGAUACCAGGAAUUGGACAAAUUGAUUCGUCUCCAUGUUACAAUCAUAAAUUAAAUCCCAAAUUCUAAUCAACUAAAUAUUACCCUUUAGCAAAAAGACCUGAAAUGGGUUGUGAUAAUUAUAAAGAUUUGUAAUCACAUCGAAUAACUUUGAAUACAUUCUCUGCUCAUCAAACUUAUUAAUAAAAUGGUUUGGCUGAUGUACUAUCAUAAUUACCUUUUUAUCAAAAUUAUGAAGAUAACUCAGAUACGUAUGCAUUAGAAGCCAUAAAAAAAAUUCAAAUUAAUACUAAUGAGGUUUGUUAGAAGUUAUCUCCCAAAGAUAUUGAUCAAAUCUCAAAAAGUGGAUAAAGAGUCUAUAAAUCUGAAAGAGCCAUGUCUUUAAUUAUUAUUAUAAGUGUAGGAGUUAUUCUUUUCCUUGUUCCUAUUUUGUAUUUGAUGAAAAACAGAGUAGAUUUAAUUAAUUUUAUUUUAGAUUUUUUAAUGGAUUGAUAUGACAGAAUUCCAUUAACCAAAGUUCUUAUGUGGUAUUGGAUUGAUCAUUGCCAUUUUAUGUAUUGGGUUAGGAGCAGUUUAUUUAAGUGAAGUAGAUGGAAAUGUAAUUUAUACAAUCCUAUUUAGAAUGGUCUUAGAGAACAUAAUGCACAAUUCUCUAAAUAUCUUGAAAAAAAUUGUUUCCCUGAUGAUGGAUUAAAAUUGGUAUCAUUAUCUAUAAUAAUUUUAGGCUGUUUCUUAAGUAAAUGAAUUUGCCAAAAAUACUUACUUUAACACCUAUUCUCUUGUUAUUGCAGCAUUUUAUGUCAGUAUCAUUUUUAUUGUACUUCUAAUUAUUUUUGUUGUUUACUAAUACUUUGCUCAUAAAUCAUUAUUUGACAAUCCUUGGACUCCAAGAUAACAGGAAUAUUCAGAAUUUCAUUGAU